AUGGAAGUUGAUACGUUUGAGUCGACUCCGCAUGAACUUCCACAUAUUGAAAGUCAGACAACGCCUGAUUCUUUAGCAGCUUACAGUCCGGAAGUAGUUGAAGGACAAAAUGUUCAUUCCAAAGAUUCAACUACAAAUACCGAAAAGCAAACGAAACGUUCAGGAAAACGACGCCGUAAAACACUUGAAACAGAAGAUAAUCAAACACCAGCCGCAAGUUCGUCACAGCCUUGUCAGAAAAAACGUAUUUUACCGCCACGUAAGGUUGGUACUCUGGCAAGUGUGUUAGCCGAAGAAGUUGCGGCCGGCCAAGAACCACCACCUGAACCAUUCAUUACCGGAGAAACGAUUCUUAUGUUAACUUCGGAUGAAGAUAUUUUAAAAACAUGUGAA